AUGUGCGAGCACGACACCGACGGCCGGCAUGAGGCGUCGUCGUCCCAGGCGCCGCCGCCCGCCAACGCGGACGAGUCGUUCCCCUGGCGCCUCGCCGUGUGCGAUGCCCACUGCCAUCCUACCGACACCAUGGCCGCCCUCGAAUCUCAGUUGCCCUCGAUGCGCGCCUGCGUCCUCGCCAUCAUGGCCACCCGCUCUCAGGACCAGCAGCUCGUUGCCGACGUGGCUUCCCGCUUCCGGCCCGGCCCGCCACCUCUCGAGGCGCCGUCUCCGUCUUCAUGUUGCAAGGUCGUGCCCGCCUUCGGAUGGCACCCCUGGUUCUCCCACCAGCUGUACGACGACACUGGCACUGGCCCCAAAAACACGACUACAUACGCACAGCCCCCGGAAGGUGCCGAUGCUAAGGCUCUCCAAGAUGCGAAGCGGAUGCACUACCGCGCCGUCCUCACCCCUCCACCCGACGACGACGCCUUCAUCGUCGCUCUGCCUACGCCGUCCCCGCUCUCUUCCUUCCUCUCUGCUAGCAGUGACCGCCUCAAGUCCUUCCCCGAUGCCUCCCUUGUUGGUGAGAUUGGCAUUGAUCGCGCCUUUCGCCUGCCACGGGAUUGGGACCCGGCCAUCACGUCACUAAGGGAUCAAGAACUCACACCGGGGGGUCGUGAAGGCCGCCUCCUGAGCCGUCACCGCGUCUGCAUGCCGCACCAACAGGCCAUUCUCCGUGCCCAGCUGCGGCUGGCCGGUGAAUUGGGCCGGCCCGUCAGCGUCCACGGCGUGCAGGCCCCCGGCAUCCUGUACGACACCGUUUCGGCCUGCUGGAAGGGUCACCAGCGCCAUAUCCCCUCCCGCCGUGAGAGACGCAUGAUUGCCCCAGGUGCCGAGGACCAGGACUCGGACUCGGACUCCUCGAAUCGUGAGGGCGGCAAGCCGUACCCUCCAAGAAUCUGUCUUCAUUCUUAUAGCGGUACUGUCGAGGUCCUGAACCAGUGGAUGAACCCAACCAACCCAAGCCGUGUCUAUGUCUCGUUCUCGUCGGCCGUCAAUCUCAGCACCGAUGCGGGGCGAGCCAAGUUCCCCGACGUCGUCCGCGCCGUGCCCGACGAUCGCGUGCUAGUUGAAAGCGACUUGCACAUGGCCGGCCCCGGCAUGGACGCAGCCCUUGAAGACAUGUACCGUCGGGUCUGCGAUGCCAAGGGCUGGACGCUCGAAGAGGGAAUCCGGACAAUAGCCCAGAACUUUGAGUACUUCAUCUUCGGCAAGGGUAGACGAUGA